UCCCGAGGAGGCUCGGAUGUUUCCGUAAGGGCCUCGGGCUAGGGGUCUAACGAGUGCGUCGGACUCCUCGGCUGGGUAUUCACAGAAGCCGCUUAGGGCUGUUCCGCAGCGUAGGGCGGCGACGGGCAUAGGCGGCUGCGCGGCCUUGGCGCACACACACAGCGCAGCGGCAGGAGCCCGGCACGCAGCGGAGGCAGCAGCGGGGACAAAGGGACUGAUCGGCAGAAACGGGGAGGGGGCCCCGGCGGGAGGCAGCCGGCGCCGGGAGGGAGCGGCAGGAGGCUUCAGCCGGGCGGGCGUAGUCCCACGUGCCUUGGACGCCCGGGGAAGCAGCAACAGCAGCAGCAACAACCGCCGCCGCCAGCGCUGUGAAGCCGGCUGAGGAAGAGCCGGGGAGCCGCUCCCGCCGCCGUCAUGGCCUGCGCUGCCACCGCCGGCCGCCUCCCGCAGUGCAGCGUCCCCAGCCUGAGCCGCCGCCAGCUGCCCCUGCGGGCGCAAUGAGGAGCCGCGCCGGAGCCGCCGCCUCAGCGCCGCACCGAGACGCCUCAGCGAGCGAGUGAGCGAGGGAGGCCGCCCGGGCCGAUUCACCGCUACUCCGCCCGCCGCGGAUCCCACCGCCCCGGCCGGAUCCCCUUGUGAAGGACCGCAUCACCUCCUGUCGGCGGAUCCGGGAGCUCCGAGAUCCCUCCGCCGGGGAAAAAAUAGUCCCGUUCCCUGCCGCCUCCCUCAGAGGCGAGGAGAGGGGAGGGGGAAGAAAGGGGAGGAAGAAAAAGAAGAAAAAAAAAAAAAAAAAAAAAGAGAGGAGAGAGAAAAAAAAAAAAAAGCCCAAACCCAACAAACGCUAAAGCCAGCGCCGGGAUCGGAGGAGCUGGGCCGUGAGCCUCCGCCCCAUGUGACUGGCGCCCAGGGUGGGGGCAGCGAGGCCUAGCAAACCCCCCUCGCUCGCGGCCGGGAGCGGGAGCGGCGCCGGGGGGGCUGCGGCGCGGGCGGAGGCGGCUCUCGGACCCACCGGCGCUGCCGGGAAGGAUGGUUUUGUGAGAAACGGGCGGCGUGAGGAGGAGGAGGAGGAGGAGGAAGAAGAAGCAGCAGCAGCCGCCGCCGCCGCCGGGCGAAGAGCGCGACAGAGACCGAGAGGGGAGGGGGCUUCCCCGGGGGGGGGAAGGGGGGGGCCCGGCGUUUCAUGUGGCGCGUCCCGCCCGUCUCCUCCAGCUGAGCGAGCGAGGGAGCGGCAGGCGGGCCCGCCGAGCCGCCGGGGCGAGGCGGAGGGGGAAGGCAGGAAGAGAAGAGAGGUGAUCGGGGCAGAGCAGGAGCGGGAGACCAUGUCCGGGCGGCCCAGGACCACCUCCUUCGCGGAGAGCUGCAAGCCGGUGCAGCAGCCCUCGGCCUUCGGCAGCAUGAAAGUUAGCCGAGACAAAGAUGGCAGCAAAGUGACUACAGUAGUGGCAACUCCUGGACAAGGACCUGACCGACCACAAGAAGUUAGCUACACAGACACCAAGGUGAUUGGAAAUGGAUCUUUUGGUGUUGUGUAUCAAGCCAAACUCUGUGAUUCAGGAGAGCUUGUGGCCAUUAAGAAAGUCCUGCAAGACAAAAGAUUUAAGAACCGAGAGCUCCAGAUUAUGAGGAAGUUGGAUCAUUGUAACAUUGUCCGAUUGCGUUAUUUCUUCUACUCUAGUGGAGAGAAGAAAGAUGAGGUGUACCUCAACUUGGUGCUGGACUAUGUUCCUGAAACAGUAUACAGAGUUGCCAGACAUUAUAGUCGGGCCAAACAGACACUCCCUAUGAUUUAUGUCAAGUUGUACAUGUAUCAGCUGUUCCGGAGUUUAGCCUAUAUCCAUUCCUUUGGGAUCUGCCACCGGGAUAUAAAACCACAGAACCUCUUGCUGGACCCUGAUACAGCUGUUCUAAAACUCUGUGACUUUGGAAGUGCAAAACAGCUGGUUCGUGGAGAACCUAAUGUCUCAUACAUCUGCUCUCGGUACUACAGGGCACCAGAGUUGAUCUUUGGAGCCACCGAUUAUACCUCCAGUAUAGAUGUGUGGUCAGCAGGCUGUGUAUUGGCUGAACUGUUACUAGGACAACCAAUCUUUCCAGGUGACAGUGGUGUGGAUCAGUUGGUGGAAAUAAUCAAGGUUCUGGGAACGCCUACAAGGGAGCAAAUUAGAGAAAUGAAUCCAAACUAUACUGAAUUCAAAUUUCCUCAGAUUAAGGCACAUCCAUGGACUAAGGACUCGUCAGGAACAGGACAUUUCACCUCAGGAGUACGGGUCUUCCGGCCCCGCACUCCACCAGAAGCAAUUGCGCUAUGUAGCCGUCUGUUGGAGUACACCCCCACUGCCCGCCUGACUCCCCUGGAGGCCUGCGCGCACUCUUUCUUCGAUGAACUACGGGACCCAAAUGUCAAGUUACCAAAUGGGCGAGAGAAACCUGCACUCUUCAAUUUCACCACUCAAGAACUGUCAAGUAACCCAUCUCUGGCUUCGAUCCUCAUCCCUGCUCAUGCCCGGAACCAAGCAGCUGCUUCAACCCCUACAAAUGCUACAGCGGCCUCAGAUGUUAAUGCGGGAGAACGAGUUCAGACCAAUAGUGUAGCUACAGCAUCAGCCUCCAACUCCACCUGAACCGGUACCAAGCAGCCAGCUGCACAGGAAAAAUCACCAGUAAUUUGAGUCUUGCUCAGCAACACUGGUCACAUUUGGAAAGAAAAUUAAAAAGAGGAAAAAAAAAAACAAAACAAAACAAAAAAAAACAAACAAAACAAAAAAAAAAAAAAAAAACAACCAACAAACCAACCAACCUGUUCAUUUUAGUGUUCAAUUUUUUAUUAUUAUUAUUGUUGUUCUUAUUUAACCUUGUAAAAUAUCUAUAAAUACAAACCAGUUUCAUUGUAUUCUCACUCUGCAGGGUGUCCGGGGCAGGGGACUAGGUGGGGGGAGGAGGGAAAGCGGAGCAAUACAACACACCAAUGUCUCUCCCCUCGACAAUCUCUUCAUGUUGGAAGUUUGCUGUUGUGUACUUCAGAACCAGGACUCUUGCCUCAUGCCCUCUCCCACAAGAGAAAGAAGGAAAAAAACAAACAAAACAAAACAAAACCAAACCCCAAACCUCAUUCUCUGCUGAAGUUCGUGUUUUUUUGUUUUUUUUUUUUUUUUUUGUUUUUUUUUUUUUAACCUCUUUUUUUUAUUUUCUUUUUAAGUGAAGUUUCGGACUUUGAUGUAGUGCACAGCUUGAAUUUGGUUGGGAGCUUAGCAGGGGUCAUUCAACAGAGCUCAGCGUUCCUCGUCAGCGACUCCCUUUCCUAGGUUGUCUGAAGCACUGCCCCGGCUCGGUGCGGGCGCUGUGGUAGGAGAACGGGUUGCCGUGGGGUGGGAGGGGAGGGUUUGCCGUGUGUCCAAGGCUCAAACCGCUGGUGGAAAGCCUUUUAUUUUUUCCCAACCCAUUGCUAGCAGUGCAGAAACCUGCAGCUUCCUUACGGGGAAAAGUCCUUGCCCGAGUGGGUGAUAUAUAAUACAACACACACACACACACACGCACGAGCAGGGGGGUUGGCUCUGCUGGCGCAGCCCCUCGGCCCCGGCUUCACCAGAGAAGAGCGGGCGAACAAAAUCCUCGGCCGGGGGCCGGGGCCAGCUGGGGAUGCGGAGGGACUUUCUGGAAAGUGGCCACUGUGAAAGCUCGGGGGGGUUUUUUUUUGGGUGGUUGGGUUGGUUUGGUUUUUUUUUUUUUCCCCCACGCCCCCCUCCCCACCCCAGCUCUCGAUUUGAACAGGCUUCCCUUUCCCAAGGCGCGUACAGGAAAAGGACACCAGGGUUUAUAAUGUGAACUGUAACAGUCUACUGGUUUAUUUUGUAAUUUUUUUUUCUUUUUUUUUUUUUUUUUCUCCUAACUGCAGUUUUAACUUGCAGGAUGCCACAUCCUCCGAUAGUUCUGAUUUUAAAUCCACAGCCAGAAUUUGUAUUUAAUUUCAUCUUUUUUAACCUCUUGCUUUUUUUUUUCUUUUUUUGAUCUCUAUUUAUUGAUGAGUGUUGCCACGUUGCCAUUAUGUUUUUACAUUGGUAGAAUAUUAAUAAAAUACACAUCCGAGUGCUCUCCACAGUACUUUGUACCUGCUGACUUGUAGGAAAGCUGGCUAUAUAUGAGUGUGUGUGUGUAUAUAUAUUAUAUAAAUAUAUACAUGUAUACAUAGAUACAA